AUGGCCGAGGUGAAAUCGAUAUUGCCGGAGCUAGGUCUGUUGUAUGUCACCAGCAUUCGCGGGAGCUAUGUCAUAUGGGUCUCAGAAAUUCUCUCGACAUCGGCUGGGAUGCAGAAAAUACGGAUCGCCGCAGUGGAGUGUUUCGCUAGCCCGCCCCUGUCCCAUGCAGCUGGUAACGGCCGAGGGCUUGACACGGUAGCCAAUUGUGUUCUGGAAUUCAAGCUGCACCACAAACCGGGAGGGCGCCAAGGAUAUGUGUCGGUUCGAUCAUAUGUCCGGAAGGCACUUGAGAAGGCACUUGAUGAUCUAGUCUCGUUGAUCCAUUUAUACUACCCGUGUUUACUUCGGAAACCGUAUGUUGUCUACCCAUCCCCUGAAUAUCUCGCUCGCCUUGAUGUUCCCGAGAACCCUUUACGGAAUACGAUACUACUGCAGAAACCGGAAGACCUCGCCCUGUACCUUGGCUCGGAUAUCCCACAUGACUACGGAGGUUGUGGCAGACCCCUAGCCGAGUUGAACUGUCUUGAAGAGAUGCAACUUCGGUUGGAAGACCUGGGCAAUGGGGGGAACGACCCGGAGGUAGAAGGCGUAGGCGAUAAUGGGACAAAUGAGGACGCGGAACAUGAUCAAACGUCAGGGGUUGGCGGUUCCGUUGAUAAUCAGCCGGGCACUAUGCUGAGGACCUCGUAUCAGACAAGUCAUGGUCCUCGACUCGUCUGGGCUGAUAGCGAUAUGAUCAUGAAACUUUGCCAUGGGGUUCUUCUCGCCAAGGCUGAGGCUAUGCACUUAAAUCUCUACGCGGACAGGCAUUGCUCUGCCUUAAUUAUUGAGUGCAUAUAUUCUCGAUGGAACUGCCAAGUGUUGAGACAGCGCUUCACCGGCAGAACAACAGAGAAUCCUGAAAUAAUUGGUUUCAUCGGUUGGUUAGGGGGCUACGCUGCAAUGAAGGCAAUGGUCCAAUUUUUGCGGGACCGCCUCCCCCCAAAGCUACUCGAGAGCGAAAAUGAUCUCGAAUCCAGUUUCUGGGCUAGCAAGUAUAUCCUGUACCAGACCGUACAGGGGCUCAAGGGACAUGAUCUUGACUUUACACACGGCGAUCUCUACCAGGGAAUAUGCUCGUCCGUUGUGCUUCUGGAUUGGGGAUUACCCGGCUUUUGGCCGGAAUACUGCAAGUCCUAUCGUGGCAUGUCUAAUCGCCCUUGGAGGACAUAUUGGGAUCGCCUGGUGGAAAUAUUUAUCCCGCCUUAUUAUGUGGAAUAUGACGUGAUGAAGAUCUUUGGAACUGUGUGGUAUUGA